AUGGUAAAGGUUAAGGUCCAGCGCUAUGUUGCCGGAAAGAAACCUGAUUUUGCUUCAAGCUCUAGUUCUGAAUCAGAAGAGGAGCCAACUGUCAAUGAUACCGAAGAAAUCAAGGCUUUUUCAUCGCGGUCCGGAUUAAUCAGAGAUCGUUUCAGAGGGCAGGAGAACUCCAAGUCGACAGCAGACGGAUCUGAUCAACCAACAGCUGAAGAGUUAGCUGACCCUAGAUUCAGGAGAUUGUUAAGGGCCAAGGACCAACUGAGCCAAAGCAGUGAGGAUGAAGAAGAAACUGAUAGGGUUACUCGUCACAAAAAAUACCGAAAAUCUGGUCAUUAUAGUGAGGAAAGUCCUCAAAAUUCUAAUGGAGAGGAUGCUGACGAAGAGGACGUUGAUGAAGCAGAACUAAUGAGGAGGCGUGAACUUAUUCGUAAGAAAGCAUUGGCUGCUCAGAUCAAUGCUGAAGUAGACAAACAUUGUGGGGAUGGAUAUAACGACACUGGCCACGAAGACGUGGAAGCGGAGGAUGAAUUGGGUUAUUCGGAAGAGGAGUACACAAGUUCAGAUGAUGAAGUAGCUCCUAAAUUAAAACCAGUCUUCGUACGUGCACGUGAUCGAAUAACGUUACAAGCUAAACAUAAGGCAGACCAACUUGCUCAGGAGACCGAAGCAGAAGUAAAACGACUUGCAGAAGAACGUCGUAGAACAACACUUAAGCUACUAGAAACAGAACUACGCCGUGAAGCUGAAGAAGCUCACGCAAUUGAAGACGCUCUUGACGCAAUAGAUUCUGAUGAAGGUCAAGGCAAUCCCCAAGCAGAACAAGAAGAAUAUGAAAAAUGGAAGGUUAGGGAACUAAAACGUAUUCGACGAGAACGUGAGAUUCGGGAGGCAGCACUACAAGAAAAGGCUGAAAUUGAGCGAAUACGUAAUAUGACUGACGAACAACGACGUGAAGAAUUCAUAAGAAAUCCAAAAGUUAUCACAAACAAAACAGCUAAAGGAAAAUACAAGUUUUUGCAGAAGUAUUUUCAUCGGGGAGCUUUCUAUGUUACUUCGUUGGAGGACAAAGUAUUUCAACAAGACUUUACACAGCCUACUCUGGAAGAUCAUUUUGACAAAACAAAGUUGCCUACUGUUAUGCAGGUUAAGAACUUUGGUCGUGCUGGUCGGACUAAGUAUACACAUUUGGUUGAUCAAGAUACAACUGUAUUCGACUCACCAUGGUCAACAACCAAUCCACAAAAUAUGAAGUUCCAGUCAACUCACGGUGGAGGAUUUAAGCAAAUAUUCUCGAAACCUGGUUUAUCUAAACAGAAGAAAAAGACAGGCUAG